ACGCGCGGCGUACGGUGCGGUUGCUCUGUCGAGUCGAGACGGCGCGCGGGCCACGCGGUCUUCGCUCGGCGAUCCACCUGUCGCUCGUGACCAGGGUGCCGAGGUACGUUGGAAACGACCAUCAGUUUCAACGGUCCCGGCUGCGUUCGGUAAGGUCGUGAGGAACUGUUAACCCAACCCGAAAGGAGGAGUCCGACCUCCGAGGCGGCCCGAAAGGGGACGAGGAAUGCGCCCGGCCAAAUAGGGAGUCGGUCGUUGAACGGAGAAAGAGAGAAGAGAAGGGGGCUGGUGCAGAGUCCUGGUCCAGCCAGGAGGGGAACGAGGAACCUCGAGAGCUUCCCCUGGAACUUCCUACGACCAUGGAGAGGGGACUUCACGACAGGGACCGCGUCGGCGUCCAGGACUGCGUCCUCCUGGAGGACUUCGAGAGCAUCGCCGCCUUCAUCGAGAACCUGAAGAAGCGCUUCAAAGAAGACCUGAUCUACACCUACAUAGGCCAGGUUCUGGUGUCCGUCAAUCCGUACAAGAAGCUGCCCAUUUACAACCACGAGACGAUUCAGUAUUACCGGAAGAGGCACUUCUUCGACGCCCCGCCGCACAUCUUCGCUCUCACCGACACGGCGUACCAGUCUCUCGCCCAUGAGAACCGGGACCAGUGUAUCCUGAUUUCAGGAGAGUCCGGAUCCGGGAAGACGGAGGCCUCGAAGAAGGUGCUCGAGUACAUUGCUGCGGCGACCGGACACAAGAAGCAGGUCGAAGAGGUCAACGUCAAGCUCAUAGGCAGUAAUCCCGUCCUCGAGGCUUUCGGCAACGCCAAGACGAACCGCAACGACAAUUCCUCGCGAUUCGGGAAGUACAUGGACAUCCAGUUCAAUUUCCACGGCGACCCUAUAGGCGGGAACAUCCUGAAUUACCUGCUGGAGAAGUCUCGGGUGGUCAACCAGACGGUCGGGGAGAGGAACUUCCACAUCUUCUACCAACUCUUGGCGGGGGCUAGUGAAGAGGCACUCCGAAAGCUGUUCCUGAAGCGCAAUUUGGACACGUAUUACUAUUUAAGUAGCGGCACCAAGGGUACCGUGGACACCAUCGACGAUGCCAAGCAGUACAGGUCCGUGAUCGAAGCCAUGAAGACCGUAGAGAUGACCCAGCAGGAACAGGACGACCUGUUCGCCAUCGUCGCGUCGGUCCUGCACAUGGGGAACGUCGGGUUCACCGAGGAAGAGGGUGUCGCCAAGAUCCUUAAGCCGGGGUCGGUGGACGCCGUCUCCAAGCUCCUGGGUUGCGACACGAAGAGCCUGGCCAAGGCCUUUACUCAUCGCACGAUAGAUGCCCACGGUGACGUAGUGGUCUCCCCCCUGAACCGAGAACUCGCGAUCUACGCCCGAGACGCCCUGGCGAAGGCCGUCUACGACAGGCUCUUCACCUGGCUGGUGAGCAGACUGAACAAGUCCCUUCAGCCUAAGUACCGGCAUCGCAAAGUGGUCAUGGGGAUCCUCGACAUCUACGGGUUCGAGAUCUUCCAGAGGAACAGUUUCGAGCAGUUCUGCAUUAACUUCUGCAACGAGAAGCUCCAACAGCUCUUCAUCCAGCUGACGCUCAAGUCCGAGCAGGAGGAGUACCUCAGAGAGGGCAUCACCUGGGAGAACGUGUCCUACUUCAACAACAAGGUCAUCUGCGACCUGAUCGAGGAAAAGUACAAAGGGAUAAUAUCGCUGAUGGACGAGGAGUGCCUGAGACCUGGUGAUCCGACCGACAUCAGUUUCCUGGACAAGAUGAACUCGAAUCUGCUCGGACACCAGCACUACAUCAGCCACAUGAAGGCCGAUCUUCAGACCCAGAAGACCCUGGGUCGCGACGAAUUCAGGCUGAUCCAUUACGCCGGAGACGUGACGUACAACGUGCGCGGAUUCCUCGAGAAGAACAAUGACCUCCUCUUCAGGGACCUGCGCGAGGCCAUGUCGAACACCACGAACUCCAUCACGAAGGCCGUGUUCCACGUGAAAGACCUGUCGAGCAAGAGACGCCCGGAGACCGCGGUAACCCAGUUCAAGAACAGCCUGAACAACCUGAUGGAGAUCCUGAUGGGCAAGGAGCCUUCGUACAUCAGGUGCAUCAAGCCGAACGACUUCAAGAUGCUGGGUCGAUUUGACGAGAAGAUCGUUCAGCACCAGGUCAAGUACUUAGGCCUUAUGGAGAACUUGCGGGUGAGGCGAGCCGGGUUUGCUUACAGGAAGCCCUACGAGCAGUUCCUACAGCGAUACAAGGCAUUGUGUCCGCAGACCUGGCCCUCGUAUCGUGGCUCGAUCAAGGACGGCGUCCAGGUGUUGGUAUGCCACCUUGGAUACGACCCUGAGGACUACAAGAUGGGCAACACGAAGAUAUUCAUAAGGUCCGCGAAGACGCUCUUCGAGACCGAGGACGCCUUCCAGAUAAGGCAGCACGAUAUCGCGGCGAUAAUACAGAGCAGGUGGAAGGGGUACGUGCAGAGGCAGAAAUACCUGAAGACGAGGGCGGCGACGAUCACCCUGCAGAGGUAUCUUCGUGGAUGGAAGGCUCGACGAGAAGCUGCACAGAGGAGAAGAGCGGUAAUCGCGAUCAGAAGGUUCAUCAAGGGAUUUAUCACGCGAAAUGGGCCGCCUAAUGAGGAGAACGUGGCGUUUAUCGAGCUAGCGAAGGCUCAGUGGCUUCUAAGGCUAUCGAGAAGUCUUCCGCAGGGUGUUUUAAACAACAACUGGCCACCCUGUCCUCACUCCUGUCAGCAGGCCUCCGAGCUUUUGCGCCAGAUGCACAGGAGGUGGAAAGCGAGGAAGUAUAGGUUAGGUCUCUCGAAGGAGGAGAAGGAGCAUUUUGAAUUGAAAAUCCUGGCGGAAAGUCUCUUCAAGGGGAAGAAGAAAUCUUAUGAGAGAAGUUUAGGCCCCAGAUUCCGUAUCGACCGGUUGGGCGAGGAUUAUAUGGCGCUUAAACAAAGCUUCAUUAAUAAUAUACUUCCCAACGGUGAGAGGAUAAAGUACGCUACUCCUGUUAUCAAAUAUGAUAGACACGGAUACAAACCUCGUGAGAGAGCCUUGAUUCUUACGGAGAAGGCGGUCUACAUAUUGGACACUAAAACUUUCAAGUCGAAACACCGGUUGCCUUACAAGUCGAUAGAAGAGCUGGUUGUCACCGGGGAAUCGGAUAACCUGCUGAUUAUGAGGAUACCUCCGGAACUUAAGAAGGACAAGGGCGAUCUGAUUCUCGAGGUGCCUCACAUCAUUGAAGCGCUGACUAAAGCGAUCGAUAUUACGCAGAAUCCUAAAAUCCUUAACAUCGUCAACAACGAAUCAGUUUCACAUAAGCUAGUCAGCGGGAAGGAAGGAACGAUUGAAUUUAAAAGAGGCCCUAACCCUGCGAUCAGCAAGAGCAGACAAAAUGGCCACCUUCUUGUGGUCGCUUCUCCGUAAAAUCGAAGGGAAGGGUAAAUUAAUUUACUCUUGGCAGUGUUCUCGGGGGUGCGAGCACCGUUACCGAGUGAGCCACAACGAUGUGAUUUAGCGAAGAAGAGUAUUAAGAAGAAUUAAUAUAUUGUUAAGUAAUUGUACUUAAGCAGUACAUCAAAUGGCGUGUGCCUUAGUCGUGUACAUUGUGCGAUGUUAGGGUUAUAAAUUGUACAUGUUUAAGCAGCAGAAAGAGAUGCACUAUCGGAGUUAGGAAAGGGCUUGUCGAUCUUUUAACUUCCGGGAGGAUGUUAAUUGCACAAAUCGAGACCUAUUUUACCAAAACACUGUUUUAGAUUUUUUACAUGCUAUUCUUGAAUUUUGUCUCUGUACAAUGAAUUCCCUUCCUGCGUAUCAAUUCUUUACUACAAAUCAACAUGUGGUUUAACGUGCCAUUAUCUCGAUGCAAUGACAUCGCUAGUAAUAAUGUAAAAUUGUCAGCAGAGCAUCAAAAUAUUUUUAAUACUAAUGGUACAAGUAUCUUAUAUGCAACAACUGUACCAAAAGAAUUUGUAAAAAGAUAAUAAAUUACUGACAUUGCUGCCAGAACUAAUACAA